CCUCUGCUCAGAGCGACCGAGGCGCCCGGCUGCCCGGAGGGAAACUGAAGACUUUAAUAACAAACCCUCCAAGGUCACAAUGAAUACAGAUAGCGGUGGGUGUGCUCGCAAACGUGCCGCCAUGUCUGUUACAUUAACAUCUGUGAAGAGAGUUCAAAGUUCUCCAAACCUAUUGGCUGCAGGGCGUGAUUCUCAGUCACCAGAUUCAGCCUGGAGAUCUUACAAUGACCAAAAUCAAGACACACUGAAUGGAGAUGCUACAUAUUCCUCUCUUGCAGCAAAAGGCUUUAGAAGCGUCCGGCCAAACCUACAAGAAAAAAGGUCACCCACUCAGAGCCAGAUAACAGUGAAUGGGAACUCGGGAGGCGCUGUGAGUCCGAUGAGCUACUACCAGCGGCCCUUCUCCCCUUCGGCCUACUCCCUGCCAGGCUCCCUCAACUCCAGCAUCAUCAUGCCGCAUGGCCGGUCACUCGAUUCCACAGAGACGUAUGCCCAGCACGCGCAGUCUCUGGACGGCACGGUGGGCAGCUCCAUCCCGCUGUACAGGUCCUCAGAGGAAGAGAAGAGGGUGACGGUCAUCAAAGCCCCACACUACCCGGGGAUCGGGCCGGUGGACGAGUCCGGCAUCCCCACGGCCAUCAGAACGACAGUUGACAGACCGAAGGACUGGUACAAGACGAUGUUCAAGCAAAUUCACAUGGUGCACAAGCCGGACGACGACACAGACAUGUACAAUACUCCUUAUACAUAUAACGCAGGCCUGUACAACUCACCCUACAGUGCUCAGUCCCAUCCCGCUGCGAAGACCCAGACCUACAGACCCCUCUCCAAAAGCCACUCGGACAAUGGCACGGACACUUUUAAGGAUGCCACUCCCCCGGCCCCUCCCCCCCACGUUCCUCCUCCAGUCCCACCGCUUCGACCCAGAGAUCGGUCUUCGACAGAGAAGCAUGACUGGGACCCUCCAGACAGAAAGGUGGACACGAGGAAGUUCCGUUCCGAGCCCAGGAGCAUUUUUGAAUAUGAACCCGGGAAGUCGUCGAUCCUGCAGCAUGAACGGCCACCCCCUCUCCCAACAACUCCGACACCUGCUCCCCAGGAGCCCGGCCGGAAGCCGAUUCCUUUGUCACCCUAUGGAGAAGUCACUGGUAGCCCCUCCCCUCCACCCAGGAGCGGGCUCCCCACACCAAGCCCGAGCACCCCGGCUCUCUCUCCCAUCUGGACUGACCGCAUACAUCCAGAUGACGUAGAGUUAGAGAAUGAGCCCUGGUAUAAGUUCUUUUCAGAGCUGGAGUUUGGACGGCCGCCUCCUAAAAAGGCUCUGGACUAUGUUCAAGACCAUUCUCCUGGUGUUUCCAAUGAGGCCUCCUUGUAUCAAUCCUCUAUAGACAGAAGCCUGGAAAGACCCAGUAGCUCUGCAGGCCUGGCCAGUGACUUCAGGAAGAGGAGGAAGAGCGAGCCAGCCGUGGGGCAGCCGAGGGGCCUGGGGGACCCAAGGGCGAGCAGGACCAGCCCCGGCCGGGCGGACCUCCCGGGAUCAAGCGCCACCCUGACCCAGUCUUUCAUUAGUUCUUCCCCUUCCUCCCCAUCCAGAGCAAAAGGUGGGGAUGAUAGCAAAAUGUGUGCACCCCUUUGCAGCUGCUCAGGGCCCCGCGGCAGCGCCUGCCAGGAGCUAGACGGCUGUCCCACGUACAGACAGCACCUGGACGUCCCGCGCGACUCGCAGCGGGCCCUGGCCUUCAAAAACGGCUGGCAGAUGGCCCGGCAGAACGCCGAGGUCUGGAGCAGCACCGAAGAGGCCGUGUCCCCCAAAAUCAAGUCCCGCAGCUGCGACGACCUCCUGAGCGACGACUGCGGUGGCUUCCCCGACCCCAAAACCAAGUCGGAGAGUAUGGGCUCCCUGCUCUGCGAAGAGGACGCCAAGGAGGGCUGCCCGGGGCCGUGGGCAUCCCCCUACCUCCAGGAGCCCCGGGCCAGCGGCAGGUCCCGGCUCCGCCACAGGUCGGCCCACAACGCCCCGGGGUUCCUGAAAAUGUACAAGAAAAUGCACCGCAUCAACCGCAAGGACCUGAUGAGCUCCGAGGUGAUGUGCUCCGUGAAGUCGAGGAUCCUGCAGUACGAAAAGGAGCCGCACGCCCGGGGCCUGCUCCCCGGAUGGAGCCAGUCCUCCGCCGACGAGGUGCCCAGGGACAUGGUCCCCACCCGCAUCUCGGAGUUUGAGAAGCUGAUUCAGAAGUCCAAGUCCAUGCCCAACUUGGGGGACGAGAUGCUCUCCCCGGCGGCCCUCGAGCCGCAGCACCCUGGGCUCUGCCCCACCAGGCGGUUCUCCAUCGAGUCUCUGCUGGAGGAAGACAAUCCGAGCAGGCGCCCUCGUCCCGGACCACGGAGCUACACGUCUAAAAGCCUGGUGCCCAUCCACAUCGAAGUCACCAGCGACGAGGCCCCGAGAGCCCAGCUGGAGCUUUCCGACAGCGACCAAGACGGGGUGGUGUCCGAACACAGCGACUACAUUCACGUCGAGGGCUCAUCCUUCUGCAGCGAGAGCGACUUCGACCACUUCUCCUUCACAUCCUCGGAAAGCUUCUACGGGUCCAGCCACCAUCACCAUCACCAUCACCAUCACCGGCACCUCGUCAGCUCCUGCAAAGGCAGGUGCCCUGCCUCGUACACCCGCUUCACCACGAUGCGCAAACACGAACGAGCGAAACACGACAGCACCGAGGAGCCCAGGAGACAGGACCCGGACCCCGGCCUCUCGAAGCUUGCCUUUCUCGUCAGCCCCGUGCCUUUCCGGAGGAAAAAGCAUCCGACGCCCAAAAAACAGACGGAAAAGGCAAAGUGCAAAACGGCCGUGUUCGAGGCUCUGGACUCCGCCCUUAAGGACAUCUGUGACCAAAUUAAGGCUGAAAAGAGAAGGGGGAGUUUGCCGGACAACAGUAUAUUGCACCGUCUGAUCAGUGAGCUGCUGCCGGACGUCCCCGAAAGGAACUCAUCGCUGAGAGCUCUCAGAAGGAGCCCCAUGCCCCAGCCUUGCCACCCGCUGCCCCCAGAUGGUGCUACCCACUGUCCAUGGUACCAGAACGACUGUGGGAGGAUGCCUCACAGUGCCUCUCUCCAAGACAUGGACACCAAUAACAACUACCACCCAGACCUCGACAGUGCCCUGGGUCUGCAAGACCGCGAGUCCCCUAGAAGUUACGCGUCCACUGUGACUGACUUGGGGAGGAGUGCACCGAGAGAAAGAAGAGGAACUCCAGAAAAAGAGAAAUUGCCUGCAAAAGCUGUUUAUGAUUUUAAGGCUCAGACAUCUAAGGAGCUGUCGUUCAAGAAGGGAGACACGGUCUACAUCCUCAGGAAAAUCGACCAGAACUGGUACGAGGGCGAGCACCACGGACGCGUGGGCAUCUUCCCCAUCUCCUACGUGGAGAAGCUCUCACCCCCUGAGAAAGCACAGCCCGCGAGGCCGCCGCCCCCGGCCCAGCCUGGAGAAAUCGGGGAGGCGAUCGCCAAGUACAAUUUCAACGCGGACACGAACGUGGAGCUGUCGCUGAGAAAGGGAGACAGAGUUAUUCUUCUCAAAAGAGUUGAUCAGAACUGGUACGAAGGUAAAAUUCCAGGAACCAGCAGACAAGGCAUCUUCCCUGUUUCCUAUGUAGAAGUCGUGAAGAGGAACACAGCCAAAGGCGCCGAGGAUUACCCCGACCCUCCAAUACCCCACAGCUACUCGAGUGACAGAAUCCACAGCUUAAGUUCCAACAAGCCACAGCGUCCUGUGUUUACUCAUGAAAACAUUCAAGGUGGGGGGGAACCGUUUCAGGCUCUGUAUAACUAUACUCCUAGGAAUGAAGACGAGCUGGAGCUCAGAGAAAGCGACGUCAUCGACGUGAUGGAAAAAUGUGAUGAUGGAUGGUUCGUGGGAACCUCAAGAAGAACCAAAUUCUUUGGUACUUUCCCCGGAAACUAUGUCAAGAGGCUGUGAAGCACCCUCCCUCCUGUGUACGCGGCGUCUCAGAACCUUGCCCGAAAGACCCCGCAGGCCUCCCGCUCUCAUGCCUUAUGUUUCCCACAGAAGUCACCACCGUCCCCGUCUCCACCUGCCGCCCAACCACCAGCAGAGUAACAGCCGGAGCCUCGGGGAGGCUGGCAGGCCUGUUCCAUGUGAAAGUGCAUAUCCCUGCUUUCUGCUCUAAACUGAAAGUCUGUACAUUAGGAUCAGAAAGAAAUUCUUCAUACUUACAAAGGGUGAAAUAAAUUGAAAAGUGUCUCGAGGAGGUUCCCUGGUCCAUUUUGAGGAUGUCCCCCCCCCUCCUCAGGUGACCAGAAGAUGGUUUAUUACUAAAUACGUGGUGUGUGUGUCCACACUCUUAGCUUGGCAGUCUGUGUUCCUUUCACGAGUUUGCCUAGAGUCCUCGUUUACACGACAUGACAACUGUACUUCAGCUAUUAUUUGCCUGCACUUAUACGUAUGUUGUAAUAUGCACAGUGAUUACACAAGCUAAAGCAAGAGUAGGAGCGUUCAUUUGGAUGAGUGUGAUUUUUGUUGAUUGAAUGUGGGUUUUCAAAUAGCAGUCUUUUCCUGCGAUUCUUUUGUACUUUUUAGAAGUGCAAACAGUAAGUGAGUAAGAGCUUUGGGUAAUAAAUCAUGAGAAUAUAAGAGAUUUAGCUAGACUACAAAAAAAAAAAUAUUGUGUUGUAAAGUUGCGUUGCUAUUUUAUAUUAAAAUGUAAUAAUCAGCAUCAUAAACAAUGAGCCCUUAGUGCUUAUUUAUCUGACAAAAUUUAAAUAAAAGCAGUGUUAGUGAGAAGUGCAAAGAGUUAUUCUAACAUAGACACUUGAAAGUAUCCAUAAGCAAUAUUCCUAGGUAGGAUUUCACUGUGUGUGCACAUAGCCAUUUGCGAUUGUAUGAGAACAGGCAAUCCAUAUGAUAUGUCAUACAUUUUAUGGAAUGUAAAAGAAUCCCACACAUUAUUUUAUAGAAAUAGAAAACUUUAGGAGUAUCACAGGUAUUAAGGCUGGUUUUAGCAAGGAUUAUGAUCAAUACAAUUAUUUUUACUAUAAUUAUUUUUUUUCUAUGGAACUCAGAAUCCUGGCUACAUUUGAGGACAGGAAUAUGUUGAGCCUGAUUUUCUGGUGUGUAUAAAAUACUUCCUCAAAAUACAUUAGGCACUUUUUAGAGGCAAUGUUAAUUCAUCCAGGUUCUAUUUUCUGCCCUGAGGUAGAAAUUUACAAAACGAUAUUGGGACCUGGAAGAUUUAAUGUAGCGAACAGUGCCUGAAUUACACACCCCCUGAGAACUAGCUUUGUAUUUCUUAUGACUUUGCAUAAGAACUAUUCAUAUUUGGAUCUUGAGCACCUUAUAGAGAAAACUUUUUAUGGCAUUUCUUCUGUGGACAGUGACUGAUCUUUUCACAAUGUAAGUAGACUCUAGAAUUUUGUACAUAUGGUUGCUCUUUUUUUUUUU